CACCGGGACAACGGGAACCCGACACCGGGAACCCAGCGCUGUGCACCGGGAUUCUGGCACCGGGCACCCAGCACCGGGACGCUGGGGCACCGGGAACCCAGCACUGGCCAUUCCCACAGGGGCCAUGGGGAAAGCGGGAGAGCUGGGACUUGGGCUCUGCAUCCCCCAGGGUAGUGGUGGGGGCAUCAGGACCCUGCACUCUUUGCACGGCCUUGCACCCCCCGUGGACACCGGGGCCCCUGUUGGGGUGCCAGGACGGGGGACCAAGCGCUGACUCCUCCUCGGUGCCCACAGCAUGUCGUGGUUCAGCGGCAUCCUGGUGCCCAAGGUGGACGAGCGGAAGACGGCAUGGGGGGAACGCAAUGGCAAGAAGGGCCCCCGGCCCCGAGCCGGCCUCUGUGGGCCCCGCUACAUGAGCUGCCUGCAGGACCCUGAGAUGGAGCGGGGUGCGGGACCCCCCCGGGGGCUGCGCUGCACUUGGCAGGAGGAUCACUACGGCAAGAAGGGGCCCGCGGGCGACCUGGGACUCAAAUCGGUGGACACGGGCUUGGAGGACGGCGAGGCCAAGGGGCCGAAGGGAGCCGGGGGACAUGGGGGGCGGCCAUCGGCCGGCGAGUGCUGGCGGCGGCUGCUCCAGGUUUUCCGCUCCAAACGCUUCCAGUCGGCCAAACUGGAGCGGCUUUACCAGCGCUACUUCUUCCAGAUGAACCAGAGCAGCCUGACGGUGCUGAUGGGAGUGCUGGUGCUGGUUUGUGGGGUGAUGCUGCUCUUCCUCUGCCUGCCCGGUGCCCCCCACGUGCCGGCGGCCGCCGCGCUGGCCGGUGCCACGGCCCUGUUCCUGCUCCUCAUGGUGCUGUGCAGCCGCAGCGCCUUCCCCCAGGACUACAUGUGGGUGGUGAGCUACGUGGUGCUGGGGCUGCUGGCCGGGGUGCAGGCGCUGGGGACGGUGGCCGUGGCUCCCCGAAGCGCGGCCGAGGGCGUUUGGUGGAGCGUCUUUUUCAUCUACAUCACCUACACGCUGCUGCCCGUGCGGAUGCGGGCGGCCGUGCUGGCCGGGGUCCUGCUCUCCGCCCUGCACCUCGCCAUCGCCUGGCACCGCAACGCUGCCGACCCCUUCCUCUGGAAGCAGCUCAGCGCCAAUGCCCUGAUCUUCCUCUGCACCAACGUGGUGGGGGUCUGCACCCACUACCCGGCCGAGGUGUCGCAGCGCCAGGCCUUCCAGGAGACCCGUGGCUACAUCCAGGCGCGCCUGCACCUCCAGCGGGAGAACCGUCAGCAGGAGCGGCUGCUGCUGUCAGUGCUGCCACAGCACGUGGCCAUGGAGAUGAAGGAGGACAUCAACACCAAGAAGGAGGACAUGAUGUUCCACAAGAUCUACAUCCAGAAGCAUGACAACGUCAGCAUCCUCUUCGCGGACAUUGAGGGCUUCACCAGCCUGGCCUCGCAGUGCACGGCCCAGGAGCUGGUGAUGACACUCAACGAGCUCUUCGCCCGCUUUGACAAGCUGGCUGCGGAGAACCACUGCCUGCGCAUCAAGAUCUUGGGGGACUGCUACUACUGCGUGUCGGGGCUGCCGGAGGCGCGCGGGGACCACGCUCACUGCUGCGUGGAGAUGGGCGUGGACAUGAUCGAGGCCAUCUCGCUGGUGCGUGAGGUGACGGGAGUGAACGUGAACAUGCGUGUGGGCAUCCACAGCGGGCGGGUUCACUGCGGCGUCCUGGGGCUGCGCAAGUGGCAGUUCGAUGUCUGGUCCAACGAUGUCACCCUUGCCAACCACAUGGAAGCGGGCGGCAAAGCCGGGCGCAUCCACAUCACCUGGGCAACGCUGCAGUACCUGAACGGGGACUACGAGGUGGAGCCGGGCCACGGGGGCGAGCGCAACGCCUACCUCAAGGAGCACAACAUCGAGACCUUCCUCAUCGUCGGCUGCAGCCAGAAGCGCAAGGAAGAGAAAGCCAUCCUGGCCAAGCUGCAGCGCACUCGUGCCAACUCCACCGAGGGGCUGGUGCCACGCUGGGUGCCCGAGCGCUCCUUCUCCCGCACCAAGGACUCCAAGGCCUUCCGGCAGAUGGGCAUCGAUGACUCCAGCAAGGACAACCGUGGUGCCCAGGAGGCCCUCAACCCUGAGGACGAGGUGGAUGAGUUCCUGAGCCGGGCCAUUGACGCCCGCAGCAUCGACCAGCUCCGCAAGGACCACGUCAAGAAGUUCCUGCUCACCUUCCAGACCCCUGAGCUGGAGAAGAAGUACUCCAAGAAGGUCGAUGACCGUUUUGGUGGCUACGUGGCCUGUACCCUCCUGGUCUUCUGCUUCAUCUGCUGCCUCCAGAUCCUGGUGUUCCCCCACUCCUCGCUGAUGCUCGGGGUCUACGUCAGCAUCUUCAUCCUCCUUGCUGCCAUCCUCUUCAUCUGUGCCAUCUACUCCUGCGUCACUCUCUUCCCCGCCGCCCUGCAGCAGCUCUCCCGCGGCAUCGUCCAGUCCCGCGCCCGCAGCACCGGCAUCGCCGUCUUCACCAUCCUCCUCGUCUUCAUCGCUGCCUUCGUCAACAUGUUCUCCUGCAGCCGCGUGGCCCUGCGGGACUGCGCCGCCCGCGAGCUCAACGUCACCCCCGGGUCCGUGGGGCCCUGCCAGCUCCGCGCCCUCAACUUCUCCCUGGGCACCCCCGUGGGCUCCUGCCAUGGUGACGGGCUGGCCUGUGACUUCCCCGAGUACUUCAGCUACAGCGUGGUGCUGAGCCUGCUCGCCUGCUCCGUCUUCCUGCACAUCAGUAGCAUCGGGAAGCUGCUGCUCAUGGUGGGCAUCGAGGCCACGUUCCUGCUGCUGGUGGAGGGGCCUCAUGCAGCCCUCUUUGACAAUGCCGACCUGCUGGUCCUGGCCAACGCCCUGCCCCCCUUCAACAUGACCCAGGGAGAGUGCCCGGCGGAGGGGAAGGUGGCCCUGCGCUACGUGACCCCCGUGGUCCUGGCCGUGUUUGCGCUCGCCCUGUACCUGCACGCGCAGCAGGUCGAGUCCACCGCCCGCCUCGACUUCCUCUGGAAGCUCCAGGCGACGGGCGAGAAGGAGGAGAUGGAGGAGCUCCAGGCCUACAACCGGCGGCUGCUGCACAACAUCCUGCCCAAGGACGUGGCCGCGCACUUUCUGGCACGGGAGCGGCGCAACGACGAGCUCUACUACCAGUCCUGCGAGUGCGUGGCCGUCAUGUUCGCCUCCAUCAGCAACUUCUCCGAGUUCUACGUGGAGCUGGAGGCCAACAAUGAGGGUGUGGAGUGUCUGCGGCUGCUCAACGAGAUCAUCGCCGACUUCGAUGAGAUCAUCAGCGAGCAGAAGUACCGGCAGCUGGAGAAGAUCAAGACCAUUGGCAGCACCUACAUGGCGGCCUCGGGGCUCAACGCGGCCACGUACGACCGCGAGGGCCGGAGCCACAUCGCGGCGCUGGCCGACUACGCCAUGCACCUCAUGGAGCAGAUGAAGUACAUCAAUGAGCACUCCUUCAACAACUUCCAGAUGAAGAUCGGCCUGAACAUGGGCCCAGUGGUCGCAGGGGUCAUCGGGGCUCGCAAGCCCCAGUACGACAUUUGGGGCAACACCGUCAACGUCUCGAGCCGCAUGGACAGCACUGGGGUCCCCGACCGCAUCCAGGUGACAACAGACCUGUACCAGGUGCUGGCUGCCAAGGGCUACGUGUUGGAGUGCCGGGGGCUGGUCAAGGUCAAGGGCAAGGGGGAGAUGACCACCUACUUCCUCAAUGCGGGCCCUGGGGGCAGUUAGGGGGGGGUCCCCAUGGUGUCCCCCCACGCCGGGGACUCCCCCAGCCUGUGCCGAGCUCAGGCAAAAAGAAAAAAAAAGAAAAAAGGAAAAAUCCCCAAAUACACAUAUUAAAAAAAAAAAAAAAAAGGGAGAAAUGGACACAAGGAGGUGGUUGGGGGGUGUGGGGAGGUAACCCUGUGCCCCCCCUCCGCGGGUGUUUUAGGGGGUGUUUCCCAGCCCUGCACCGGGGUGUUUUUUGUGGGUGGGGGUCGUGGUAACCCCCAUUCCUUUGCUGAAACCCCCCAUGUGCCAAAGAGGGGAGAUGGGCCCCCUCCCAGAAAAGGGACUGCAGGGGGUUUUGGGGGCGGGGGGGGGGUCCCCAGCCCCCUCCAUGUGCCAAAUUGAAGUGCCGCCUGCGGGGGUGGGGAGGCGCAGGCCCAGCAUCUCCGCAGCCCCCUCACCCCCCGGGGGUCCCAGCUCCCUCCGGGGGGACUGUGGCGGGGAGGGGGGGGGGGUGGAAGACCCUCCCCCUUUUAAAUGCAAAAAAACCUAAUGAAGUGACUUUUUUUUUUCUUUUCUUUUUUUUUUUUUUUUUUUUUUUUUUGAAGCAGUUUUGGGGUGGGAGGGGCUCAGCCCGGGGGGAGUGCGGGGGGCACUGGCCCCCUCAUCCCAGCGCAGACCUGAGGUACUUUGUCCUUCGUGUGUACAGAUAAAUUAUAUAUAAAACACUUUGGAUACGA